AUGCACAGGCGCCUGCCCUGCCGGGUCGCCGGCGUCCUGCACCAGGGCGUCCGGCGCAUGACCGCUGCACCCUCACUGGAAGCAGCUCACCGUGACAUCGCGGAGAAGGGUUAUACCGUCUCGCGCCUGGGCGCAGCCGCAAGCGUCCGAGACAUGGAGAAGGUGGGCAGCAGGUGA